CUGGUUUGCAGAAGGUGCAGGAGCCUCUGCGGGCGGCCUCGGUCGCAGGAACUGAAAGGCCCCAGCUUUGGCUGCAGGGGCGGCGGGGGCGGCGGCCGCGGCCGCGCUGCUGCUGCUGUCACAGAAAGACGCUGGGGGUGGGGUGGAGGCGGGGAAGCGUGGGGGCGCCGCCGACAUGGGCCCGCCGCCGCUGCCACUGUGAGCAGCUUCUACCCCGGCGGGGCGGGCAGUGUGGGUGGGGGCGGUGCGACCCUCCGGUGGCGGGGCAGCGGGCUUCGAGGCCGGCGCGAGGGGGCGGGACGGACAGCCCCACACCGACAUGUAACCAUGGACUGCAGAACCAAGGAAAAUCCAGAAAGAACCUUUGAUUUGGUAUUGAAAGUGAAAUGUCAUGCUUCUGAAAAUGAAGAUCCAGUGGUAUUGUGGAAAUUUCCAGAGGACUUUGGAGACCAGGAAGUACUACAGAGUGUGCCAAAGUUCUGUUUCCCCUUUGACGUUGAAAGGGUGUCUCAAAAUCAAGUUGGACAGCACUUUACCUUUGUACUGACAGACAUCGAAAGUAAACAGAGAUUUGGAUUCUGCAGACUCACAUCAGGAGGCAAAAUUUGUCUAUGCAUCCUUAGUUACCUGCCAUGGUUUGAAGUGUAUUAUAAGCUUUUAAAUACUCUGGCAGAUUACUUGGCUAAGGAACUGGAAAGUGAUUUGAAUGAAACUCUCAAGUCACUGUAUGACCAUCCAGUACCAAAGUCAAAUACUCCUGUCAAUUUGAACGUGAACCAAGAGAUAUUUAUUUCCAGUGAGCAAGUGAUGAGAGAUCAGCCCUCCCUAGUACCGCAUUCCUACUUUAUUGCCCCUGAUGUAACUGGACUACCAACAAUACCUGAAAGUAGAAAUCUCACGGAAUAUUUUGUUGCUGUGGAUGUGAACAAUAUGCUGCACCUGUAUGCCAGUAUGCUUCACGAAAGGCGCAUCAUUAUUACCUCCAGCAAAUUAAGCACUUUAACUGCCUGUCUCCACGGAUCAGCUGCUCUGCUAUACCCAAUGUACUGGCAACACAUAUACAUCCCAGUGCUUCCUCCACACCUGCUGGACUACUGCUGUGCACCAAUGCCAUACCUGAUUGGAAUACACUCCAGCCUCAUAGAGAGAGUGAAAAAUAAAUCAUUGGAAGAUGUGGUUAUGUUAAAUGUUGACACAAACACUUUAGAAUCACCAUUUAAUGACUUGAGCAACCUACCAAGUGAUGUGGUCUCGGCCUUGAAAAAUAAACUGAAGAAGCAGUCUACAGCUACGGGUGAUGGAGUAGCUAGGGCCUUUCUUAGGGCACAGGCUGCUUUGUUUGGAUCCUACAGAGAUGCACUGAGAUACAAACCUGGUGAGCCCAUCACUUUCUGCGAAGAGAGUUUUGUGAAGCACCGCUCAAGUCUGAUGAAACAGUUCUUGGAAACAGCAGUUAACUUUCAACUUUUUAAGCAGUUCAUCGAUGGUCGACUGGCGAAACUAAAUGCAGGAAGGGGUUUCUCUGAUGCUUUUGAAGAAGAGAUCACUUCAGGUGGCUUUUGUGGAGGGAGCCCGAGGUCAUAUCAACAAUGGGUGCAUACAGUCAAGAAAGGAAGUGCACUGCUCAACACAGCAAUGACCAAAGCAACUCCUGCUGUAAGGACAGCAUAUAAAUUUGCAAAAAAUCAUGCAAAGCAGGGAAUAAAGGAAGUGAAAAGUAAGCUAAAACACAAGGACAAUGAGGAAGAUUAUGGAGCCUGUUCUGGUUCUGUACAAUAUACUCCAAUUUACACGUUACACAAUGAAAAGGGAGAAAACCUAGAAAAGCGUAAGCUUGCCCAGGCACGCUUAAAAAGGCCUCUGAAGAGCCUUGACGGGGCCCUGUACGAAGACGAUGAUGAUGACAUAGAAAGAGCAAGCAAGUUAUCUUCUGAAGAUGGUGAAGAAGCAUCGACUUAUUUUUAUGAAAGUGAUGACUCUGUUGAAACAAGAGUAAAGACUCCUUACUCAGGUGAAAUGGACUUACUGGGAGAGAUCCUUGAUACGUUGAGUACACACAGCUCAGACCAAGGAAAGCUAGCAGCUGCAAGGAGCUUGGAUUUCUUUAGAUCAAUGGAUGAUAUUGAUUACAAACCUACGAACAAAUCCAAUGCUCCUAGUGAGAAUAAUCUGGCCCUGUUUUGUGAUGGUUCUGGUGAUCAAGCAGAGUGGAAUCUUGGUCAGGAUGACAGUGCCCUUCAUGGCAAGCAUCUCCCUCCAUCUCCUAGGAAGCGAGUUCCCUCUAGUGGUUUCACAGAUUCACUGUUUAUACUGAAAGAGGAAAACAGCGAAAAACCCCUCAGGGCUGACAUUGUGAAUGGCCCUGAGGUGGUGGAGAAGCCAAUAUCAGCUUCAGGACUGGAUUUCCAGCCACCUCCUCCUGAAGUUUCCCAGACUGAUGAAGGAAAAACAGAAAAGGAAGAAACGCUAAGCCAGGUUUCAGAUGAUCUGGUUAUACCCAGCCUGGGGCGAAGCCCAUCUACUUUUGUUCCUUGGGAAAAAGAAGGGAAGGAAGCCAAAGAGACUUCAGAAGAUGUUGGACUGAUUCAUGAAGUAGUGUCUUUGUGUCACGUAACGUCUGCCUUCCAACAAGGUUUAAACAUUUCAGAAGAAAGUAGAAGUGGAGACCAAGCUUAAAUUAGCCACUUGCAUCCAAGCUUUUAUGGAGACAUCUUAGGAUUC